AAGUGAAAAACGAUAUUAUCGUCGUACAACAAUAUUAUUAUGCUAGCGAAUUAUAUUUUUCGGUUUCGUAUAAAAAACGGAUUCUCCGAGGAGAUCCUCCGCAUAUUGCGAACGUCUUUCGUCCGGUGAGAUCGUCUCGUGCAAUAAUAUACUAUUGUUAUCGGCAUAAGUAGGUAUUGUUAUCAGCGUAAACGUCGUCUGUCGUAAAGUGGUCUUGUCGUUGGUACCGCAAAGACACUGUCUACACCACUGCACGUCGUUACGAUAAUACAUAAUAAUAAUAUAAUAUCCGAUUUUAAUAUAUAAUAUAGUAGGCCCGGUGACGAUUUUUAUCAAGUCUUCUCUCUCGACGCACUGAUUAUACGACCAACAAUUUACGCGAUAUUUCGGCAGAUUUUUACGACGGCAAUAUUGUAAUUAUUAUCUGUUAGUAUUAAUUGUCGUAUUGUACAGCGCACUUGCGGUCUAUAUCAAAGACAUUACCACACAGUCGUCAUGUUGCCGCGGAUUUUGGUGGCCGUUCAGAUAUUGCACGCCAUCGUGUUGGCUGAAAUCCUGAAACCCACCUGGCACCAGUACUAUUACCCAGGACAUCACGCUUACGGUAUACGGUAUUUUGAAAAGCUGGCUUCGAUGCGAGAGAACUUCCAGAAGGGAAUACCAUACAACAAAUGGGGAUUUUACAACCGAAUAGACACUGCGUCAGUGACGGAGAGCAAAAAGACACGAAGACUGCGAGUGGGCAGUGGAUGGUGGAAGCUGGUACCACCGACUGGAGCCGAGAUAAAUUGUGAAUUUCCGAGUACUGUGCCGGUGAUAUCUAACAUCGUGUGGGAACGAGUGGACCCGGGCAAAGCGGACAAGGAGAUGGCCAUGAGGCGAAUGGGCGAGGUGCAGACGUACGACAUGCACCUGAGGCCCAAAGGCAGUACGUUGCAUUUCCACGAUGUGACGCCUCUGGACAAGGGCCUUUACAGGUGUCUGGCGUCGUCCGUGGACAGGCUGACGGGUGAACCGCAGACGGUGUUUCAAGACACUGACUUCUACCCGGAUGUGGUCUGAGCUACGCGCUCGCUGAUCAACCCUGGGGACAACGGCGACGACGAGGACGACGGCCACAGCUGUUUCAAGCGAGUAGUGAGACUGACAGCGGAAUUCGCGUCGUUCUAUUAUAUUAUAUAAUAAUAUAAUUAAGAUCCGCCGCAGUGUCGCGUACGUUGUAUUAUUUAAACUGUUGUUGUUAUUACUAUUAUUAUUAUUAUUAUUAUUAUUAUUAUUACUAUUGAUAUCAUCAUUGUCGUCGCAUUACCAAAAUAUUCACGGGCUGAUCUAGUAAUCAAAAAAGUGGAGAGGACCCAGACUCAAGAUGUGCACCUAUAAUUAUGAAUUAAUAAUAAUGUAUGAAUAUUAAAUAUAGAUAAUCAUAUACCUAGCUUUAAAAAGUCAUAAAUCUCCAACAUAUCAUAGUGUUUUGUAGGAACUGUUAAAAACAAAAUACUAACGUACCUAUAGUUUUUUGUACACAUAUACAUGUGGUUUAUCUUAAUUUUAUCUAGAUAAUGUCAUAUAAUUGUAUACGCACGAAAGUUAUAUAAUAUUAUGAAACAGUAUCUAAGGGUGUCGCCUCUACAACCCUAAACCACUACGAAUAUAUUGUAAUAUCGUUUACUCGAAAGUACAAUAUCAUGUAAUAUGUUGGAAAUAAUAGUGUCCGUUUGGUAACCACAUCGAAGCGUUAAUCCGAUGGUUUUAGGCAUCAAACGUGAGCAGCAGUCUGCAAAAAAUGUCAAGGCUAUCCGUCACGCAAACUAUUUUAUUUUAAGAUAAUAAUAAAUUAUGAUGAGCAAAA